AUGGGCCAGCCCAUGGCCUUCAACAGCCAGCUUGUCAAGUGCUUGGAGCAUCUCCAACAUGAAGAAUUAGUUCAGCUAGCCCAGAACAGGCUGGGGCAGACAGCAGAAAGGAAACAAAUAGUAGUGAUUGGGGCAGGGAUGGCUGGGCUCACCGCCGCCAAGACCCUGCAGGAUGCUGGCCACCAGGUGACUGUCCUGGAGGCCCCAGGGCAUGUGGGUGGAAGAAUAGAGACCCACAGAGUGCCUGGAGCACAGUGGGACAUAGAGCUGGGUGCCAUGAGGAUCCCUGUCAACCACAGGCUCUCCCAUGAGUUCAUCAGGAAGUUUGGGCUGAACCUCAAGGAGUUCUGCCCUUACAACAACCAGACCAGGAUGCUGAUCAAUGGGGUGCAGCAGCUCACGGGGGAUGUGCAGUCCAAUCCCAGCCUUCUGGGCUACCCAGUCAGGGCAGAUGAGGUGGGGAAGACAGCAGAACGUCUCUUCAAUAAGUCACUGUGGAAGGUGGUGGAGGAGCUGGAGAGGAGCAGCUGCAGCCGGGUGCUGAAGAAGUACGACUCCUACUCCACCAUGAUGAUCGGGGACCUGUUGAAUGCAGAUGCUGGCUACUAUGAAGCCUUUAUAGAAACUUUGCAUGACAGCAUCUCCUCCUUCCAGGAGCCCUGGUUUGAUGAAAUCACUGGGGGCUUUGACCAGCUCCCCCAGGCCCUGCACGAUGCCUUUUUGAUGGGGACAGUCCACCUCCAUUCACCAGCAGAGGAAUUGGAGACAUCUGGAGACCGCAUCCACAUCAUUCACCAAACACCCGAUCCUCUGCAGCCCCGGGCUCGUCCGACCGCCGAUUGUGCGGUGGUGGACAGCACAGCCAAGGCUGCCUGGCUUCUCUGUUUUCAGCUGCCUCUCUCCCCAGACAAGGAGGAUGUAUUGCAUUCUGUCCACUACAGCAGCACCACCGAAGUGAUCCUGGCCUGCAUGCAGCGUUUCUGGAAAUGCAACAGCAUCUUCGGUGGCAAGUCCAGCACCGACUGGCCUUCCAUCUACUACCCCAAUCACAUCUUCCCCAAUGGCAUAGGGGUCAUCCUGGCCUUCUAUACUGUGGAUGGUGACUCCAUGUUUUUUGCUGCCAUGGACCAUGCCCAGGUGGUGGAUGUCAUCCUGGAUGACCUGGCCGCUGUCCAUGACCACCCCAAAGAGGAGCUCCGGGCCUUGUGCCCCUACUCCAAGAUCAAGCACUGGAGCCAGCACCCUUAUUUCAUGGGCGGCUUCACCUUCUUCACCCCCUGCCAAUAUAUAGACUAUGCCCAGGAGCUCUGCUGGCCAGAAGGGUGGGUCCACUUUGCUGGUGAGCACACUGCCCUGCCCCAUGGCUGGAUUGACACGGCCAUCAAAUCAGGGCUCAGAGCCGCUAGGAGCAUCCAAGAGGCCAUGGGCUUGGCUUUGACAAAGGACCCCAGGGAUCCAAUAAAGCCCCGCUCCAAAAGUGUCCUAUAG